GAGAAAAUCAAGAAGAGAGAUCUAGAGGAUAUAUCGUCAUGGAACGUUCCCUUGAGGAGACACCAUCAUGGGCUCUUUCGAUCGUCUGUUUGGCUCUCACCCUCCUUUCUGUCCUCAUAGAGGGUGCCAUUCGCCUUCUCACCAAGGCUCUCAAAAGAAGGAAAAGAAAGUCGCUAAGCCAUGCUUUUGGGAAGAUCAAGACUGAAUUGAUGAUUCUGGGUUUAUUGUCAUUGCUUCUAACCGUUGCCGAAAGCCCCAUAUCAAAAAUAUGCGUCACCAAGGCAGUGGGGAAUUCCUUUCUUCCUUGCCAAGACCCUUUCCACACCGAUGAUGAUGAACCUGCUUUUUCCUCCGCUACUGAAAUCCUGGGAUCCAACGGAACACUUACAACUGGCCAUCAAAGUGAAAUCACAGGCGGAGAUGAAAACUGCAAGGCGAAGGGAAUGGUUUCGCUAAUAUCAAAGGAAGGUAUCAAGCAACUGCACAUCUUCAUCUUUGUGUUGGCGGUGUUUCAUGUUCUAUACUGUGUUCUAACCAUGUUUCUAGGAAUGGCCAAGUCUGUUAGCAGAGGUUACAGAGCAGGGUGUAUACAUGAGGCCAACUGGCUAGACCACGGAGAGCCUGCAGUUCUACGAGGUCCAUCCCGCCUCUUCACUAAGGAAGUGAUGCCGAGUGACCAUCUCAACUGCUGGGUCAUCGGCAAGAUGAGCAAAUGGAAAGCCUGGGAAGAAGAGACGAAGACCCUUGAGUAUCAAAUCGCUAACGAUCCGCGGAGGUUCAGGCUCACCCGUGACACAUCAUUCGGACGACGCCAUCUAAAAUUUUGGAGUGACAAUCCUCUUAUGCUUUGGCUCGUUUGUGUCCUUAGGCAGUUCAGUGGCUCGGUUACUAAGGCGGAUUACUUCACUCUCCGUAACGGGUUUAUUGUGGCCCACAAUAUUGCUGAGGGCAGUGACUUCGACUUCCGGAAAUUCCUUAAUACAGCUUUCGACCAUGAUUUUGAAAAGGUGGUGGGAAUCAGCUUUUGGAUCUGGAUCUUCUCCAUAUUCUUCAUCUUUUUCAGUGCACAUGAAUUUUAUAACUAUUUUUGGCUACCCUUUGUACCUCUAAUGAUGGUUCUGGUAAUUGGGACAAAGUUACAAGUUAUCAUCACCAAAAUGUAUCUGGAGAGUCCUAACAAGUCGACCGUGGUUCAGGGGACCUUUCUUGUGAAGCCCAAUGAUGACCUCUUCUGGUUUGGUCGACCACAAUGGCUUCUCUAUCUCAUCCAUUUCAUCUUAUUCCAGAACUCAUUUCAACUGGCAUUCUUCACUUGGACAUGGUACGAGUUUGGUUUAAGAUCUUGUUUCCACCGGAAGACAGAAGACAUCACCAUAAGGAUUGCCAUGGGCGUGAUUGUUCAGUUACUCUGUGGAUACGUGACCCUCCCGCUAUAUGCACUUGUCACACAGAUGGGUUCAAGCAUGAAAGCAGCAGUAUUCACUGAAAGCGUCUCCAAGGGUCUCAGACACUGGCAAAACCAAGCAAGGCGAAGUCUGUCCAGGAACAUAUCCAUCUCAUCGGAACCCUAUCCUACUAACGUCACAGAAAGUUCAUUUUCUGAUGUGCAAGAGCCUAGUCCUCCAUAUGAACACCUACCUUCCCCUUCUGUCACAAGUCCUCGCCCAGAAUUCAGUGAAGACCAAGUGCAACAUAAGAAUCUCCUUUCCCCUGGAGUUGAGAACUCUUCGACCAUUGAAAUUAUUGAGGAGACGGUCGAAAAUAAAACCAUCGCGAGAGAACCCUUUGAUGGUGAGAUCUCCUUCGGAACCUCUUGGAAAGGACUGGAAAGUGAGAAGCCAAUCACUUCAGUGCCGGAUGAUACCUCAUCUGACGUUACAGUAACUUAGCUUAUACUCCUUUGUACAUUCUUCAUCUUCAUCCUGUAAUGAAAAAGAAAACUCAUCUGUCAUCACGAACAACAAAUGCCAUUGUUCUUCCAAUAUAUUCUAGCUACGUAGGAGCAUGGAUUUGUACGUAUAUGAAGUCAACUAACCAAGUACAGCAAUAUCUACUUUCCGAUGCCUAUUAGAAAUGAAGUACAGUGAUUUUUUUUUUUAUA